GACACUGGCGUAAUGGAGGUCUAUCUUCCUUGACCACGGUGAUUUGUUAACAAAUCGUCUUCUGCUUUUAAAGCUUUGGAGCGAGCAUUCAGUCAUUACUUGGUCAGCUUUUUGUUUGCAGAUCAGAGCAACUCUUCUUCGAGGAUGGCGACAGACAUGGAGUCCCAGCAGACUCCUGACUCCAGGAUCAUGACCUUUCACCCUACCAAGGAAGAGUUUAAGGACUUCAGCCGUUACAUCGCCUACAUGGAGUCACAGGGAGCACACCGAGCUGGAAUGGCUAAGGUUAUUCCACCCAAAGACUGGAAGCCUAGACGUACUUAUGAUGACAUAGAUGACUUGGUGAUCCCUGCUCCUAUACAGCAGGUGGUGACUGGCCAGUCAGGUCUCUUCACACAGUACAACAUCCAGAAGAAACCCAUGACUGUCCGAGAGUUCCGCAAGACUGCCAACACAGACAAGUUCUGUAAUCCCCGCUAUGUGGAUUUUGAGGAGCUGGAGAGAAAGUUCUGGAAGAACCUGACUUUUAACCCGCCUCUCUAUGGAGCAGAUAUCAACGGAACCCUCUACGACCCAGAUGUGACAGAGUGGAACAUUGGUCAUCUGAACACUAUCCUGGACACUGUGGAGAGGGAGAGUGGGAUCAAGAUAAAGGGAGUGAAUACUCCUUACCUGUAUUUUGGCAUGUGGAAAAGCACCUUUGCCUGGCACACUGAAGAUAUGGAUCUCUACAGCAUCAACUACCUGCACUUUGGAGAGCCCAAGUCCUGGUAUGUUGUUCCCCCUGAACAUGGGAAGAGAUUGGAACGUCUUGCUAAAGGGUUCUUUCCUGGGAGUGCUCAGAGCUGUGAAGCUUUCCUGCGGCAUAAGAUGACUCUUAUCUCACCCUCCAUCCUGAAGAAAUAUGGCAUACCGUUUGAGAAGAUAACCCAGGAGGCAGGCCAGUUCAUAGUGACCUUCCCAUUCGGUUACCACGCUGGUUUCAACCACGGCUUCAACUGUGCUGAAUCCACUAACUUUGCCACACAGCGAUGGAUCGAUUAUGGCAAAAUUGCCACACUGUGCUCGUGUCGUAAGGACAUGGUGAAGAUCUCCAUGGAUGUGUUUGUGAGGAAGUUCCAACCAGACCGCUACAAGGCCUGGAAGGCAGGGAAGGACAACACUCCUAUUGACCACUCCAAGCCCACGCCAGAGGCUGCUGACUUCCUGAAGACAGGGGAGCCUGGGAAGGAGGGACCAAGCCGCAGCGAGGCCCCUGACCAGGAGAAUACCCCAUGCACCACCACUCAGGAGGAGAAGAGCCCGAAGGUUGGGAAAAAGCGCCAGCGAGGAGGAGAUGUGGAGGCAGCAGAGGACGGAGACACUGAGCAGGUUGAUGAAGAGGAGGGAGAGGUGGACCAGAAGAAAGCCAAGCUGGGUCAGGAGGAGAAGGGACACAGUCUGGCACACAAAGAGCUAAAGGCAGAGGAUGUUAAAAAUGAGCGAACAAAGCCACCACUCAACGCAAAGACCAACCGAAACACAAACGCCAGCCGAAAGCUAGCACUUCAGAUGAAAGCCAAAAUCUCUCUUAAAUCCACUCCAAUUAAGUCUCAGCCACAGACUAACAGUCAAUCAACCCAACCAGCGGCCCCAGAACCCUACCCCCAGAGCUCAGAGAAGGCCGGCCCCAGUGAGGAUGUGAAGCCUCCAGCCAGCAGCUCCAGCCCUUCCUACCCAGCCAGCAGCUGCAGCCCUGUCCACCGGCUCUUUCAGAGGACCCUGAGCCCUGCAGACGUGCUGCACGUCCACAGCUAUGCCAAGGGAGACUACAGCGAGGGAGAGACUAGGGAGGGCAAGGCGGAGAGGAGGAACGAUAGUAGUGAUAGUGAAGGAGAGGAACAGGACGACAGCAAGAGGGCAGAAGAUGGAGAGGAUGAUGGCGCUGUGCCCAGAAAACUGGGGAUGUUGCCUUGUCACCAGCGUCUGAUGAAAGACAACAUGAGUGACGAGGAGCUGCCAGAGCAGCCACCAGUAGACGAGGAUGGGCUAGAGGGAGAGUCGUGGGCCAAGCCCCUGGCCCACCUGUGGCAGAAUAGACCCCCCAACCUGAAGAAAGAGAAGGAGUACAACCGUUGCAUGGGCCUCCAGGCCCCAUACUGCUCUGUGUGCUCACUCUUCCAGGCAUUCCAGCAGACAGAGUGUGCUGAUGAUGGUACGGACCCUCCAGUGGUGCUGCCUGGAGGCAGGCUGAGAACCAAGCCUCUGAUCCCUGAGAUGUGUUUCACCACCACCACGGAGCCAGAGGAGGGCGCUGAGGAGAAGGAACCUGGCCCCCCGGACCCCACCACCCCUCACUUGGAGCCAGACGGCACCAGCCUGCUCAUCAGCUGCUCCCACUGCAGCGUCCGCGUACACACCAGCUGUUAUGGCGUGGAUCCAGAGAGUGUGACUAAGGACUGGAAGUGUGCUCGCUGUAAGGCCAAUUCCAUGACUGAGAGUUGCUGUUUGUGUUUGCUGAGGGGGGGUGCCUUGCAGAAAGCCAACAACAACAAGUGGGUCCAUGUGCUGUGUGCAGUAGCAGUGUUGGAGGCUCGCUUUGUGAACAUCACUGAGAGAAGCCCUGUGGAUCUGAGUGGGAUUCCUCUACAGAGGUUUAAACUGAAAUGUUACUACUGUAAGAAGCGGAUGAAGAAGACAUCCGGGUGCUGUGUGCAGUGUUCCCAUGGCCGCUGUCCUACGGCCUACCACCCUACUUGUGCCCAGGCCGCUGGGAUCCUCAUGCAGCCAGACGAGUGGCCCUUUGUGGUCUACGUCACCUGCUGCCGGCACAAGGGCCCUAUUCAGACAGAGCGUAACAAAGCAGCCAUGCAUGAGCUUACCGUGGGAAGGAGGGUGAUCUGUAAGCAUAAAAAUGGCCGCUACUACCAGUGUGACGUGGUGCAGCUUUCCAAGGAGACGUUCUAUGAGGUCAACUUUGAUGACGGCUCCUUCAGUGAUAACCUCUUUCCCGAGGACAUUGUGGGCCGGGACUGUGCCCAAAUAGGCCCCCCUCCACAGGGGGAGAUGGUGCAGGUCCGUUGGACAGAUGGUCUGGUCUACGGGGCCAAGUUUGUGGCUGCUCACAUCAUCCAAAUGUACCAGGUGGAGUUUGAAGACGGGUCACAACUAACAGCCAAGAGAGAUGAUGUCUAUACUCUGGAUGAGGAGCUACCUAAGAGAGUCAAGUCAAGACUGUCCAAGGCGUCAGACAUGCGUUUCGAUGGGAUCUUUGAGGACAAGGAGGCCAUCCAGCAGUCGAAGAGGCAGAGAGUGAUCAACUCACGGUACCGAGGUGACUACGUUGAACCUGUGAUCUACAGAGCCAUCAUGGAGUAGCCUGCCAACUGCCUACUCUUCCAACAAACCACCAGCACUGAUAUUCCUGAUCUGGACUUCUCACUUUACCUUAAUUUAUCCACUGAGUGAGUGAGUGUAGCUCUGACUAAAGGACUUCCUCUGAAAAUAACUUUCCAACCCCUAGUUUGGACUGUUUUCUUUUUUCUUCCGUUCAUCCCUUCAUAAUUUACAGCAUUAUGCGCCAGUUUCCCGGACACUGAUUAAGCCUAGUCUUGGACUGAAAAGCCCUUUCAUUGGAUCUGCGUUUUAUGCUACGCUUAACCUGUGUCCAGGAAACCGGACCCAAUUGUUAUUACUUUUAUGUUUUCUUUGACUGUGAUCAAGGAUUGAAGAACAGGCCACCUUCUCCACUCGGUAUAGGUUAUAGAAGCCGGGAAGGAACUGCCAUCCAUGUCACCUUUUAUGCCAUCCUGCUAGUGCCCAGUAGCUGUAACUCGUCUCUUGAAUGGAAGCGAUAUUGGACCAUGAAUUUUGCUUCCAAACAAGAUGUAGCUUUCUAAUAAUAAUAGUAACAAUCCACUCAAUAGAACUGUGGCAGGAAUGACUUCCUAAAGGGAGUGAAGCAGACAAGUUACUGCCACUCAUCCUCAUAAACACUGAUUACAGUGUUUUCUGACUUGCAAUUUUACUGAAUGUUGCCAGUUGUUCCUUUAUGUACAUCUAUUUAUUUUCCUAUGUCGUUUUUCGGGGUGCUACUUGCACCUAUGUUUGAUUUUAAGGAGGUGCAAUGCCAUUUUAGUAACUAAUACCACCUCUUAGCAGAGUCACACUGUUGACUGCAUUCCUAAACAUUGUAUUUUGUAGGAACGCAUUGAAUAUAGCUUUUUCCAUUUUUAGAGUUGUUUUUUACCAGCGUAUUUAUUAUACUGUGCUUGAAGAAAGUAACCUCUGCAAUGCAGACAAUUUGUCAGUUGCAAUGGUGUAGAGGUUCUGGACUGAUUCUGAUCUAUGUUCUAUUUUUGCUAUAUAGAUGAAUUGGAAAUAACCCAUUCAGAAUUGCUAUGGGCGCUCCCUUUUUAUCCAAGUUGGUUCUUUACUCUUUAAAUGAAAAUUGUGCGUUGCACUUUUAUUCAAGCUCAUUUUGAGAGGACAGUUUAAUAGUUGUGUGCUACCAUUUUACUAUUUUUGUCAAAAAAAAAAACAUUUUUAAAAUAAUAUUGUACAUUUUAUAAGACCUUAUGCAUUGUGUCCCACCACGCUUCUCCACUCGGCCAUGAUCAUCAACCAUAAUGCACUUAUUAAUUAAGGAUAAGGUGGCCUUCAGAUUGUCUGUUAUUUUCCUCUAAACUGCUGUUAUCUUGAGUAUAGGGAUGCCACAUUCUGGUAACUUUCCCAGGUUUUCCAGAAAUCCUGGUUGAAAUUUCCCUGCAAUCAGGAUGAAUUAAGCAGGAAAUCCGUAAGUCCUUUUUAAAUAGGAUUUCUGGGAAUUGAGAAUUUUCUGAAUUUUGCAACCCUACUUGAGUGUGAGAGACAACUAAUGUAUGAGUUAGGCAGUUAUAGAGGCUCACAGAAGUACCACUAAGCAAGGGGUUUAUAUCAUCAGCAUUCAACAGUAUGGAAAUACUUAUGAUGACUUAUAAUACAUGGGGGAAAAAUACAAGUUUUCUAUCAAAAAGCCUAUUUUAUUGCUUUGUUUUAUGAUACACAUUACAUUCACAGUCAGGAAGACACAGAUGUAAUUAUAAUAAGUAGUUUAUUUAAAGAUAUAAGCCGUUGACGCAAGGGAUCUUAUUUGUGCCCCAAAUGGCAGCAUAUUCCCUAUAUUGUGCACUACCUUUGACCAGGGCCCUGGUCAAAAGUAGUGCACUAUAUAGGGAAUGGGGUGCCAUUUGGGACUGAUCCCUGGCCUGUUCAUGUGACCUUUUUUCCUUUCUGUGAAAAAUGUACUAUCAUUCAUGCAUUUUGUAAAGAUGAUAAUUUUGUUUCAGUAAAAACAUUUUGGCUUGCAUAUUGUCA